GGACACAAGCAGCCCGGACUGAUCCAAGGGUGACACCGGGUCCCGACCAGGGAUUAGAAACGGAUUAAUUUUGUUUUAAAAACAAGCUCCAACAAUGGGUGUCCCCAAGUUUUACCGCUGGAUAAGCGAACGGUAUCCGUGCCUGAGCCAAGUGGUGAAGGAGCAUCAGAUUCCGGAAUUCGACAAUCUCUAUCUGGAUAUGAAUGGAAUUAUUCAUCAAUGUUCUCACCCAAAUGAUGAAGAUGUGCACUUUCGAAUCUCUGAAGAAAAAAUUAUCGCUGAUAUUUUCCACUAUGUGGAAGUCUUAUUUCGCAUCAUCAAACCAAAGAAGAUCUUCUUCAUGGCAGUUGAUGGUGUGGCUCCAAGAGCAAAAAUGAAUCAACAACGUGGCAGACGUUUUAGAUCAGCAAAAGAAGCAGAAGAGAAAAUUAAAAAAGCAUUAGAGAAAGGAGAAACCCUUCCAACAGAAGCCAGAUUUGACUCCAACUGUAUCACCCCAGGUACUGCUUUCAUGGCCAGAUUACAUGAGCAAUUAAAGUAUUUUAUAAACUUGAAGAUUUCAAUAGAUAAAUCCUGGGAAGGUGUGGCUGUGUACCUGUCGGGUCAUGAGACCCCAGGCGAGGGAGAACACAAAAUUAUGGAAUUUAUUAGAGCUGAAACAAGAAAACCUGAUCAUGAUCCCAAUACAAGACACUGUCUAUAUGGACUGGAUGCUGAUUUAAUUAUGCUUGGAUUAACAAGCCAUGAACCAAAUUUUUCCCUUUUGAGGGAAGAAGUUCGAUUUGGUGGCAGAAAAUCACAGAAAAGGAUUACUGCCGUUGAAGAAACUACGUUUCACUUGUUGCACCUUUCCCUAAUGAGAGAGUACAUUGACUAUGAGUUUUCAUCUGUACGGGACAAGAUUUGUUUUGAAUAUGACAUUGAGAGAAUAAUUGAUGACUGGAUAUUGAUGGGGUUUCUUGUUGGUAAUGAUUUUAUUCCUCAUCUACCUCAUUUACACAUCAAUCAUGAUGCACUGCCUUUGCUAUACAAGACGUACACUGAGGUCCUACCAAGUCUUGGAGGAUAUAUUAACGAAGGUGGAACAUUAAAUUUGGAACACUUUGAGAAGUAUCUUGUAAAACUGUCAGAGUUUGAUCGUGAGCAUUUUAGUGAAGUUUUUGUGGACUUAAAGUGGUUUGAAAGUAAAGUGGGUAAAAAAUACCUAAAUGAGGCAGCAGGCAUUGCAGCGGAGGAAGCAAAACGACGUAAAAAGAAAAACAAGGUUCGUGAAGACAUGUGUUUAGCUGUAUUAGAUGAAAGUGGAAAUGAGACAACAGCCAGUUCAAACCACAAGACUGAAUUCAGUCACGAUGAGCUAUUGGAGGACAACAAAGAUGAUGACAAUGAAGAUGAGAAUGAUUUGUUUGAAACAGAAUUCAGGCAAUACAAGAGAGUUUAUUACAUGACGAAGAUGGGUGUAGAAGUUGUUUCUGAUGAAUUUCUCGCUCAGCAAGCAGAAUGUUAUGUUCAAGCAAUACAAUGGAUUUUGCACUAUUAUUACCAUGGUGUGCAGUCCUGGAGCUGGUACUAUCCUUUUCAUUAUGCACCUUACCUAUCUGACAUCCGUCAUAUCAGCAAGUUGAAGAUAAAGUUUGAUAUAGGGAAACCAUUCAAGCCAUUUGAGCAGCUUCUGGCUGUUCUUCCAGCAGCCAGCAAAGAUCUACUACCCAACUGCUAUCAGUUUUUAAUGACUGAUGAAGCUUCACCAAUCAUUGAGUACUAUCCUCCAGAUUUCAAAACCGACCUUAAUGGCAAACAACAGGAGUGGGAAGCGGUUGUUCUGAUUCCAUUUAUUGAUGAGAAACGAUUACUGACAGCAAUGGAACCUUGUAAUAGUGAUCUUUCAGAGGAAGAAAAACAACGUAAUAGACACAGUAAUUGUGUCAAGUUUUGGUGGGAUGAAAAAAUUGUCUUCAAAUAUUCAUCACCAUGGCCAGAAAAAUUUCCAGAUGUGGAGCAGUGUCAUGCAAGACAUGAAGAGAUUCCCAUGGAUGCAUGGAAAGUAGAUCUCAAGUGCACUAAGAAGCAUGUCACAGAGAAGGGAUCUUUAUACUUCUGUGGGUUUCCAACUCUGAGACAUAUUAAGCAUAAGUUCUACUUAGUGAAAAGUGGAGUUCAAGUCUUCCAACAGCCAAGUCGUGGAGAAAAUAUGCUUUUGGAGUUAUUGCCUACGGAAGGGGAAUUUCAGAAUGUGGAUGAUGUUGCUAACCAGGAGCUUGGAAGGUCUGUUUAUUUGAAUUGGCCUUAUCUUGAGGAAGCUCGAGUUGUUGCUGUGUCAGAUCAAGAAAUGAAAUAUUAUUUAGAAGAACCUGCAGGUGUUCAGAAGGUAUACACUGAAAAAUCUCCGCCACCUACUAAAGUGGUUUACCUUGGAGGCACUGAACAAAGCAUGUGGCACAAAGAAGUACAUAAUGUAACUGAAUUUUACCACAAAAGGAAAGGAAUCCUCAUCAAUGAAACGUCGGUGCUUGUGUAUGCACAGCUUCUCACUGGGCGUCGAUACGUAUUUGGCCAUGAUGGUGAAGUUACCUUAGAGAAGGAAUGGUCAAAGCAAGUACUACCAUUUGCUCACCAGACCAUUGUGAGGAACCUUAAAUCAUUUGAUUCCAGUUUCUCUCACUUCAGUUCAUUGGACGAAUUGUUUCCACCCCGGAUUAAGGUGUUCAUGAUGGGAACACCCUACUAUGGCUGUAUGGGAGAGGUUCAAGACUCUUCUGAUGUUGUGAAAGAUGGCCGAAUCCGUGUGGUUUUCACUGUUCCAUGUGAGCCACAGCUAGAUGGAAUCAUACAAAACCAGCACAAAUAUUCCACAAAAUAUAACCCUGGAUACGUUUUGGCCAGUCGACUUGGAGUUACUGGGUAUCUUGUUUCAAGGUUAACAGGAAGUUUAUUUAUUGGGAGAGGAUCAAAGCAAAAUCCUCUUGGAGAGCAGAAAAUAAAUGUUGGCCUGAAUCUGAAGUUUAAUAAAAAGAAUGAAGAAGUACCUGGUUAUACAAAAAAAGUUGGGAAUGAAUGGCAGUAUUCUUCUGCAGUUGAAGAAAUUCUGAAUGAAUACCUAGAAAGAUUCCCAGAAUUAAUAAGCUACAUUGCCAACAACAGUCAAGAAGAUUUGUACUAUGAGGAUAACAUUUGGUCUGGAGAGGAUAUAAAUGGCGCUGAGAAAGUUCAAGAAAUUGGAGCCUGGUUGAAAAUGCAUCCUGUCAGUAGUCUAUCAAGAGCAUCAUGUGACUUGAACCUACUUGAUGCAGCAAUUAUUGAAAAGAUUGAAGAAGAGGUGGAAAGAUGCAAGCAAAGAAGAAGUAACAAGAAAGUAAGAGUGACUGUGAAACCACAUUUGUUAUACCGGCCUCUGGAGCAGCAGCAUGGUAUAGUGCCAGACAAAGAUGCAGAGUACCUUUUAUUUGAUCGUGUUGUGAAUGUGAGGGAGGACUUCUCUGUUCCUGUUGGUCUUCGAGGAACCAUCAUAGGAAUGAAAGGAGCUGAGAGAGAAUCUGAUGAAUCUUUUGAAGUGUUAUUCGAUGAGGAAUUUCCAAGUGGACUUACUAUAAGAUGCUCUCCUGGCAGAGGUUAUAGACUCCCAAAGUGUGCCUUAAUCAAUCUCAGUUAUGGGAACCGCCUGGAGUUUGGAGGCCAGAAAGCAACAACAUUAUUGAAGCCUCAACCAGCACCUAUACCUCAACAUGCUGUGUAUCCUUCCUCACAGUCUGGUGCUCAGAAAGUGUCAACAGGAGGCCUGAACCACUCCCCACGCUCCCUCUUUGUACCAACACAGCAGCUGAGUGGAAGACAACUAUACCUCAGGGCAGAAAAUCAGAAGAAUCAUGUUAACCAUCAAAAAGCAAAUGGACCAUCUAAUUUUCAUCAAAAUGUUGAAAACCAGCACCAAGGAGGAUUUGCUAAGCUGCCAGAAGACGAAUUCUCCACUGUAUGGCAGUCCUUGCAUAGCAAUUUUGGAACUACUCCACACUCCAUACAGAGCAAUUCCCGCACUACAGAUUUACCCAGUAAACACUCUUCGGCUUUGCAAGAAAAGGCUGUGACUGAGCCAGCAUCUAUUUCAGGGUUUCAGUUCAAAAAUCCCCAUCUAACAGAAAAUAAAAUGCGACCAUUCAAAAUCGAUGUCCAGCAGAAACAGAAAUGGGGAUCAUCAGAGCAGCAGGCAUGUACCAGAAAAGCAAAAGAGGAUAACUCUGAAAGUUUCAAGGCCAGAACUCACGGACCUGAAAACUUUGGCCAGACACAGCUAUCUGUUUCCAAACUACAAAGUAAUCAGGCAUGUGCUAGCAAUAGUAAACCAAGUAUGAAGAUUCUAAGACGGAAUGAAGACUCAAAAGAACAGAAAUCUGCAUUAAUAAAUUGUCAACAGUCUGCAUCAUUAGAAAGGAAUAAGGUACCAUCCGAGUUUGAGGAACCAUUAGUUUCUGUAAAAUGCCCUGGUGAACAAGUUGGAGAAGAUGUACAAGGCUCACAGUCCAAAGAAAGUGAGAGAAUCACUGGAGAACCUCUAUCCCCACAAUCUUUUGCCAUGAAAGGAACACAGAUGUUGAAGGAAAUUCUGAAGAUCGAUGGUGCAAGUGCAGCCCCUCAGAAAGAAACAAAUAUAUCCUCCAAUAUUAAGCAAGAGAGCUCUCCGAUGUCCACUGUCCUUCGUGAGAAACCAGGAUACACCCCACACCAACGUCCAGUGAAAAAACUUGCUGCACAAAUGAACAAACCUCACGGUUUGCAGAGUGGAGAACUGUCAGGGCAUUAUCAAGGACGACAGCAACCUCCUUUAUCCACUUCAGUGGCCGAGUUGAUCACCAUUUGUGCUAGAAUUGGUCUACCACAUCCAGAUUUUAGCUUCAUCAAGAGCCCACAGGGCCUGACUGUUUGUCAAGUAAAGUUAGCAAAUGGUUUGCUUGUGCACGGACCUCAAUGCCAGUCAGACAGUGAAGCACAGGAAAAGGCUGCAGCGUUUGCAUUACAACGAUUGCAUGCCACGGGACAAAAUGUUCCCCUCCCUCCAAAUAUGUUUUCCGGUUAUCAACCAGUCACAGGAGCUGUACCACCACCUAUCAUUCCACCAUCCUUUGGUCAGACCCCUGGCGGUAUGAUGUCCACAGCUCCUAAUGGAUAUGGUCCUAUGCCUUGGACAACUUUGAUUCCUCCCCCACUGUACAAUAGCUUUCAGAUCCCAUAUUCAGGAAACAUCUGUCCUGGAGGAGUGCUUAUUGGUACUCACAAUCAAUUUGUGCCUUUGCAGGUGACCAAGAGGAGGACCAGCUUUAAUAAAACACAUGAUGACAAGGACUAUAAUCAUUCAGUUCAGCAAAAAUUCAGUCAACCACCACCCAUGAUGGACUUUUCAAAUACAUCAUCACAUGGGUAUCCUUCUGCUAGCACCUCAAGAAAUUUUUUUCAGCCUGGUCGAACAACCCUUGAACCCCAGAAUAAAGCAAUUGUACAGACCCCUGUUCAACCCCAAGGGCAGCAAAGGCCAAUGGCAGGUUCAACUGGUAAACGCAAGCACAGGAAACUGGCAGUCAAUUUUGGAGCAUCCCGCCUGCCACAGUAGCUAAGGUACUCCAGAUCCAUAUUUAGUGUCAUCCGAUGCCCCACGUUUGUCCACAUCUGAUACCUUGUGAAACUACCAUCCGUCAUCCAGGGAUCAUCUGAAUCUCCUACUGCAAUAUCUCAUCUCAACAUGUGUGAUCAUUUUCAUUUAUAUAAAUUUCAAGUAAUUUUCAUUUUUAUUCAAUGUAAUCAAUUAUGUCCAGUGUACAGUUAAAACACCAAAAGCCUGAUUGUGUUCAUGUAAAACAAUAUAUUUUAUAUGACUAAAGAAAAAUUCAUCUGCUGCUGUAGAUGUUGUAGAAAGUGCUUUCAAGAUUGUUUUAUAGAAACCUGAAAAUUUCAAAUCUACUGCCUGAUUUGUAGGUUCUAUGCAUUUACUUGUAAUCUUUUUGUUUUAGAAUACUUUAAGAAUUUUAACUUUAUGACACAAAAACAUUUUAAUGUUUAUCAAUGUUAAAAUUAUUUUGCUUUUAUGAGUAUUCUUAACAUUGUAUUAAAGCCUUUUCACAUGAAUCACAUUGGACUAAGAAAAAUGUACAGUGAACAGACAUUGGUGACACAUGAAUCAUAUUUAUUGACAAAUGUGGACUUUUUACAUUUUAUGUAUUAAACAAUGGAGAUAUUACUGGCUAAUAACAGUACAAUUUAAUGUUGCACUUUCUGCUGACGUGUAAAGGCAAGCUUAAUAUUACAAAUAAAGCAUUUUGUUACAAGUGUUCAAAA